AAAAUGGCGUCUAGUCAGGGAGGUGUGGGAGCUGUCACGGCUCUACAAAGCCAUCACUACUCUAGCGGACCUCACUGGAGCCCGGGUAUCAGCCAGUACCAGCACCAGCACCACACGGCCCGCAGCCUGGACCGGGCUCUGGAGGAUGCCGUCUGCUCCGGGAUCCUGAACCUCAGCGGGAGGAAACUGAGAGAGUACCCGGGGAUGAGCUACGAUCUGACGGAUACUACACAAGCAGAUCUGUCCAAGAACCGUCUCACAGAAAUCCCCCCAGAAGUGUGUCUGUUCGCUCCUCUCGAGUCGCUCAACCUCUACCACAACUGCAUCAAAUGCAUCCCAGAAGCCAUUAUCAAUCUGCAGAUGCUGACCUAUCUCGAUAUCAGCCGAAAUCUCCUGUCAGUUUUGCCAAAAUACCUGUUCAACCUUCCCCUCAAAGUUCUGGUUGUGAGCAACAACAAGCUCGUGUCCAUCCCCGAGGAGAUCGGCAAGGCCAAAGAGUUGAUGGAGCUGGACAUUAGCUGUAACGAGAUCCAGGUGCUGCCUGCUCAGGUGGGCAGGCUCCAAGCCUUACGGGAACUCAACAUCAGGAAGAACUGUCUUCACAUGCUGCCUGAGGAGCUGGCUGAUCUGCCUCUCACCCGCCUUGACUUCUCCUGCAAUAAGAUCACAGAGAUCCCUCCAGCCUACAGGAAGCUCAGGCAGCUGCAGCACAUCAUCCUAGACAACAACCCUAUGCAGUCUCCACCCGCACAGAUUUGUCUCAAGGGCAAAGUGCACAUAUUUAAGUACCUGAAUAUCCAGGCAUGUAGGAUGGAUAAGAAGCCGGAUUCCCUGGAUCUCCCUUCCCUUGGCAAACGCUGCCUUCCACAGCCUCUCACAGACAGCAUGGAGGAUUUUUAUCCCAGUAAGAAUCACGGGCCUGACUCUGGAAUUGGUAGUGACAAUGGUGACAAGAGGCUGUCGACGACUGAGCCUUCAGACGAUGACACCAUCAGCCUGCACUCUCAGGUUUCGGAGACGGCCCGUGCAGACGCCCUCUCACUCCUCUCCAAAAUGGACUCUUGCAAAGAUCAGGAUCUCUAUGACUUUAUAGAGCCCAACCCAGACGAGGACCCGGCUCUGUCCGAGGGCGACGGGCAGCAGAGCAGCCAUGUAUCUUGUAUAAAGGAACUGGAGAAAGUUCUUAAUAUGUCACACCAAAGCAAAGAUAAAGACAGCUGGAAAGAGGAAUCAGGCUCUGAUAAAGAGCAGCUAGUUGAGGAAGAGGAUGAUGAGCUGAAGGAGGUCCUGGAUCUGAGGAAGAUCGCUGUUCAGCUUCUGCAGCAGGAGCAGCAGAACAGACGUCGAUCCUUAAUAUGUAGAGCAGAGAGUCUUAUUCACCGACGGAGGGUGACCGGCCGAGCGCACAGGUUCCUGAGUCAUUCUGGAAGCUCCAGCAGCAAACAGAGGCCACCGGCCCAGGCCACUCGCAGUGCUUCACUGGAUGAAGGAAGCAGUGGAGCAUCAGUGCUGAGUGGACAGCCUUCCUCUUCAAGCUCCUUUGACGGCAGCCUGAAGACAGAGCAGACAGAGUCGGAGCCCAAGUGGCCCGAGGUCCCACCUGUCCUCAACCAGAAUGAGGACCGCAGGAGGAACAAGUAUCUGAGAAAAGACUAUCUGAAGUACAAAUGCCAGAGCGCACGCAAAAGCUCCAGUGGUAAUGACGAAUGUGAGGAGGGCUUGCGCAACGCAGAUUUCAGCACAACUCUGACAGUCUUUGGACUGAAGCCACGAUCAGCAUUUACCAGAGGAAGCCGUCAGGAGUACAGCUCCACUGACCCCAGUUUCACCAUGAGGAGGAAGAUGGAGCAUUUGAGAGAGGAAAUGGAGCAGAUAGGACUCUUGCGGCAGAACAUUGAGUCCAGGCUGAAAGUGCUGCUCCCAGAUGAUGUCGGAGCGGCUCUGAUGGAUGGGGUCGUCCUUUGCCAUCUAGCCAAUCACAUUUGUCCUCGGUCUGUCGCCAGCAUCCAUGUGCCCUCCCCCGCAGUGCCAAAGCUCAGCAUGGCUAAGUGCCGUAGGAAUGUGGAGAACUUCUUGGAUGCUUGUAAGAAGCUCGGCGUCCCACAGGACAAGCUGUGCCUCCCCCAUCACAUCCUAGAGGAGCGUGGUCUGGUGAAGGUGGGUGUGACUGUCCAAGCCCUACUGGAGCUGCCUCCUUCCAAGCCCACACAACUAUCGGCUGUUUGACACAAGCCUGAAUGUCGCAUCCAUCCUGCAGUCAUUCAGCCAACCCCUCGCCGCCCCGAUCCCACACCACAUCGCCCAGGACCAGAGAGCCCUCACAGGGGCGAGGACCUGGAGGGGGAGGGUGUCUGCUUCUGCCUGACUGAAUCAGGAGACAGGAGGGCCAAAUACUCCCUUCUCCUCAUAUGAAGUCAGCUGCACCCCACCUCCCGUCCAUCACAUUUUAACUUGUUUCCUAUCCUAGUUACUGGGCUCAUACUGUGUGUGUGUGUGUGUGCGCGCGUGCGUGUGUGUGUAUGUGUGUGGACCGUUUGUUACCUGAGCUGCAGUUUGGAUUUGCCAAGGAGUGAUGGACAAAAACGCAGGUCCUGAGGAAGACCUGUCCGCGCCACUCGCCACGCUCAGCAAUUAUUGAGCCUGAAAGUGCCAAUACUGACAGACUGUCCAUGCUGGUGUUAGAGACAUUGGCAGUGAUGAGACAUUUUGAAGGCAUGUAACUUGGAGAUCUGAGCUGCAUGCUCGCCCAUCAGCCACAAACCACGGACUGAAGUGAAGUGGUCCCUAUCCUCCUGUUUUUUUUUUUUUUUUUUUUGGUGUAUGUGUGUUUUUUGUGCAAUGUAUUUAUUUUUAUAAUAGUUUUCUGGUAUCAUAUGCCAUUAAUCGUUUCCAUCUUCCUUUCUUUGUAGGGAUCCAAAUCCGAUCAACAUGACAUGUUAAGUUACUGCCAAGUAUUGCAUUUUAGUAGUCACAGCUGCCUGAACCUGUUAAGGCAAAAUGAAACGCUGACUUCUGCAAAGCUUGAUACAUAGGAUGUGGUUGGUUUUUGUCCUGCAGGAGGUAAACUUAUACUGGAGACAGCAAAUUCUUCCUGCCUCUGCCUCUAAUUUUUGUGUGAUUGUGGAGUUUUUGAGCAACCGCAGCCCAUGCACAGCCCUUUACUGGACUAGAGCGGACCACAUAUCUCUUUCUUACUGCAGCCACUCCGACAUUUCGACCACUGUGACGACAGCGUCUGCUUAGCUGUGGCCGUACGAGCUCCUGACAGGAUUUGUAGCAUCUUUUAUUGUACAUGCAAGGUUUCAUUCACUGUAAAAAAAAAAAAAAAAACUUUCUCUCUUUCUCUCUAAGCUCUUUAAACUUUUCUUUCUCUAAGUUUGCUUCCAAGUAAUAUGAUUUGCCAGUUAUUAUUUGGACUCUGGCGUUUUGAGCACUAGUUUGCCACAAAGGAGUUGGCAGUUUGUUGCUUUGUAUAGCCUCGGAUUCAAACUUACAUAUAACUGUUACACGAGUACGUAUGGAAAUGUGUCUUGACAGGAGACGCCAAUGGACGGACGGGACAUGGUGUCACGGCAAUCGCUCCUGCAGCCCUUCCACUCAUUGCACGGUCUGUCAAACUAGCGGGCCACCUGCCUGUAUAUGAGUUCUUAUACAAUAUAUUAUAUCAGGGAAAUGAAAUUAUUUAUGUAUUUAUUUGUUUGUUUUAUAUUUAAGUGAUGUUGCUGUGUGGGUCGCAACUCUGAUCAAUCCUGUAAAAGGUAGUGCCACCGAAUUCCAGAUCUCACUCAAGGUUUUUUUUGUUGUUGUUUUUUUGCCCUUGGACAGUAAUUCAGUCUGGCCUGGUGAAAUUUACUGCUGUUCUACGUGACAAGAGACGAGAGACGUGCUUGUAACGCUGUGCGGUUCCUUCGCGAAUGAAUUAUGAAACACAUGGAAGAAUUUUCUGCUUCUCAAAAUCAGCCUUCACUGCUCUUUUAUGCGCAUGUGAAAAGCGAAGCGAAACGUUCUUGAAGUUUAAAGAAAUCUGUUCCCCUUUAUUGUGACCAGAGCAAUCCUCAGACUGCUAUUUUGAAAAUAUGUGCCAUGCCAGCAUACAUUUAAUUUGUGUUUAACUUUUGAGCAAGAGUUGAUGUUCACAAAUGUUUUGUCUGAGAACAGAGCAUUACUUUCUUAAACUGAGGCUUAAAGGUAUGUGACAGGACUUUUUAUUUUCCAUUUCACUUUAUGUUCCUGUUCCGCGUAAAUGCAGCAUUUGUUCUUAAACUGUACAGUGGCACUUGGUGCUUUCAUUUUCUGUGGGGCAGUGCCAGUCUUGGCGUGUGGUUCUUGUGCCGCCCUUGACUGGACUGGGCAGGAAUGAAUACCUCAAGAUACCGUUCUGCAUCUUUCUGAAGAGUGUCAUCAGAUUUCCAAUAUUUUACAAACAUCGGCAACAUCACUACUUGCACAAAAUGAUCACCGGCAUCGAAGUAGACAUGAUGAGUUAUCUUAACAACUGAGGAGUGGAAGUGAGGAGUUUUGUGUUUUGCAGGGGCACAGGCUUACACUCUAUCUGAAAAUGUACUCAAUAUGUAAACAAGCAUUAAUCUAUGGCCUCCUCCUCCACAAGUCUUUCGCACUCUGGCUGAAAUGUUUUGCAAGGCCAUGUGUUUGCUUGUGUACUGGCAGAAAAUGUUAGCUGGUGGUGUGGGAAGUGUUUCGGAAUUUGAAUGGGUGUGGAGUUAACAAAACAGUUACAUAACAAAAAGGACUGACUGGAAAAUCUGUGUUCAAAGUCAGAGGCUUCAGCACCUGUCAAGUAAUCAUCUACCCAUUAAUAUUUCUCAACUGCCGUGUUGACCGACACAAUGAGGCAGUACCAAUUGUACUUAACGCCCCUUAAACACACACUUGAUGAAAACAAAAUUGUAAUGCAUAAAAACGUGAUAUUUUGUGCCUUAACAUUGCUGCUGAGAACCUCUUUGUUUUUUGUUUUUUUUUUAAAAAGUAAAAACCAGGCUGCACUCUUAUAGCUCCGAUGCCAAAUUUAUCACAUACACCGGGUAUAUAAUCUUUACUGUUCUUAGACUUCCUCAGUACUUUUCCUUUUUCUUUCUUUCUUUCUUUCCUUUCUUUCUGAAUUGAUCUUGGUUGUAACCUACCUCAAGUUUGCCAUGUCAAGUUUUGGAUGCAAAUUAUGCAGACUUUUGUAUUUUCUUAUUAUAAACUGUGCAUGUUUGAAGAUUAUAUUCAAACUUUGAGGGUUAGCUGAUACAUGAUAACUUUAAGAGUAAUGUUAUGAUCGCUCAAAAAUGAUCGUGGAUUGCCAAAAUGUUUUACAGCUGUAGCUAAGAGUGUCUUGCCACCAUGUGUCCACUGUUUUCUCAUAGUACAUUUUUGUAUGCGGUAAAUAGCUGUUAGAGGAGUUAUGAGAUAUCUGGUCUAAUAAGCCUCUGUGACAUUAUAAUGUUAACAAAUGAAAACUAGUUUGCUGUUAGUUUCAAGGCCGCCACCUGUUUUGUCAUCAUCAAGGCCAAGAUGAUGGUGACAUUUGGAGAAAAAACAAAAACCUGAGAAGACUUAAGGCAACCCGCUUUAGGCUUUUGAAUGACUUUCGUCUUAGGGAGGGCUUUCUUGAAAUGAGCGACAGCAAAAGUUUCUCUGUGGUGCUUUUUUUUGCCACUUAGCACCAUGAGAGAGAGAGAGAGAGAGAGAGAGAGAGAGAGAGAGAGAGAGAGAGCUCUGUCUGGACACACUUCCUCAAACCUCCUCAAACUUGCACCUGUGAGAAAAAAAAAAACACUUUCAGUUGCUUCACUGCCAGUAAUUUCAGCCAAGAAGUACGUGAACAAUAGGAUAAGGAUAUAAUUAGCAGCUGAGGUUUUUCCAUCAAAUUUUAGUUUUAACGAUGACGUGGGUACGUUUUCAGAUACACAAAAAGCUUUCAGAAAGGAAAGGAAGGAAGGAAUGAAAGGAAUUGGCACAAAUAGCUUGACAUUCUUGGUCAUAAGGAAAGAUGCUGAAUGGUUUGAGGUAUUACAAGUUACACAGGUUGGUAUUACUCUUUGAGCUGUAUAAUAUGUUUACCUUAAAUGAGAUAUGUUGACUUCAUUGGCUAGAAAUGACAUCAGUUUUUGUAAUUUAAAACAAAAUGACAGCAUGAGGGCUUCCUGUCCUUUCACAAUGAUGAUAAUCAGCUACAAUCAACUUUUGGACCGCCAAACUGAUGUUUGGCAAUAGGCUCUGGAUCAGUCACCUCUAAGAUCGUGUCCAUGGUAACCUUUUGCCAACAGGCAUGACUCAUCUUUCCUUUAAUGCUCCUUCUUGUGAAUUUUGUGCAAAUGAUUUUCUUGACACGCCAUUGCUCAUUUGCUGUGUUCUGGUGCCAGUCCUUUCACUCUCAUGUCGUUACAUGCACUGUGGACCAGAAAACACUGUUUUCACUUUUAUCUUGCUUUGUGCUCAUCUCAAGUCAUCUCAAGAUUGAAUCCCUCAAUUCUACUUAAAAUUAAGCGCAAAAUUAAGAUUAUACUCUUAAAACUGUCUUAACCCAUGCAUAGAUCCCCUUAAUUAUUUCAACUGGACUUUAAAUUCAGUGAUAAUUAAGAAGAAAAUCUUGUUCAGCCCCUCAACAUUUAAUCCAUGCACAGAACCUCUUAAUUUUUUCCAGGUCCAAUUAACAAUGUGUUAACAAUGUGUUAAAUCCCAGUGUUCCCAUUUCCCAAGGAUGCAUGCACAAGCUGAACUCUGUGCUUUCAUUUCAAAAUUCGUAGGUCUUCAAGGUUAUUUUUCUCUGUUAGUCUAGAUGCACAUUGUGUUUUCUCUUACAUGUCGGCACGCUCAUGCCUUAUCCCUCUCCCACCUGCAUAUGACACCUGCUCGUAUUUAACCAGUGUGCUAUGGAACAUUUACACAUCUUAUCUUGCACACAGUAUUCCUGUAUUAUUUGCCAUGAACAAAAUAUUGAUUAUUAUUUCAUUUGUUUUUGUUUUUUUAAAGCAACUAAGUGCCAAAUCAUAAAGGCAGCGUCCAUCAAGGCCUUCUGUGAUUGAGCAAAGAAAUUACCGUGGCCACUGUCAACACUGUUACGUUGAAGCCGUAUUGAUACCUGGAGUGCUCUAGGUUGUAUCACAUCAAGCCUAAAUGAAGAAAAUCACACACAUCCACACACACACACACACACACACACACACACACACACACACACACACAAAACCACACCUCCUGCAGGGCUUCCCUCAAGAUUAUUAUCAAUAACUGGAUCAGUAUGUAGGUGUCACAGCGAUUGCUGAUCCCGCGAUCAACAUCCUGUCGAAUUUGAAAUUUCCUUGGAAUUAAUUUUUUUAAUUUUGAAAUGUUAACACAUUAAUGUAUUGACUCAAGAAUAUUCCCAUCCAAUUCUGUGCAAUUUUGUUGUUGUGUUGUACAGAUCACAAGACAAAGUAGGCUGUGUGUUUGCUGUAUGAGGACUGCUAGCUGGUUAAUGUUUGCUAUAUGACCAAAAUUGAUAACAGAUUUGUGGUUUUCUGAGCAAGAACAGCGUGUUUUUUUUUUUUUUUUUAAAUUUACUACUUAAAUUUUUAUAACGCUCCCCCUUUUUUAUUUUUAAUUUGUAUUUUACAUUGCACCUGCACUCAAAUCUUUUGGACACACAAAUGUCUGUGAGUCAAACCACUGUUUGAAAAAAAAAAAAAAAAAAAACACAAAAAAAACAAAACAGCAAAAAAAAAAAAAAAAGUUUAAUGUGUUUGUAAUAAUUAAGUCAAAUUGGUAGGUCAUUUACAGCCGAUAGUGUUAACCUUACCUUUCAUGAAUAUGUGACAAAUAAUCUUGGAAUUUCCUCAGCGGCAUCAUAACAGCUUAACUCUAUUGUUACCAUGUGUCACCAGUGCAAAUUGGCUUUUCUUUUUAAUCACUUACUCAUGUUGACAAAGGGAAAACAAUGAUUCAUCCAAUUCUGCAGAGAAAAUCCAGAUUUACUAUGUAUACAAGCUUUUUGUAUUUAAAAAUAAGGUGAAAUGCAUGCAAGAAUAUUGAAUGACCUACGCCCAGCUUCUGUACAUAUCAUGUGUAUAUAAUCCAGGGAGUUUCUUAAGAAAAAAUCAACAAUGUCAACAAAAAAUAAAGUCAAAUUCUUUA